AUUGCUAUUAUUUUAGCAAUAACAGUAAUUACUAAAUUAGCUGGUAAAGGCUAAACAAAAGAAGGGCACUAAAAAGUGACUGACGAAGGCAAAGGCAGUAAAGGACACUAAAAAAGCUUUCAAAUGUUUGUUGUCACAAGUGCAAAGUCAUCCAUGCCAAUGGAAAAUCCUGAUGGCUGUUGGGGCUGGCUAGUUGUUGUCGCAGCAUUUUUUACUCAGUUCAUUGUCUGUGGAAUAACGUACAGCCUGGGAGUGUUCCAUGUCAUUUUUAAAGACAUUUUUUAUGAAAGCCAUUUUGAUACCUCCUGGAUUGGUUCAGUUCUACUUUAUGUCACUGCUUUGUCAAGUAUCAUGUUUCGCUUUGUAACAAGCAACUGGGGCUGUCGUGUUAGCAUAAUUCUCGGUGGAGUCCUAGCUUCUGCUGGUCUUGCACUUUGUAUGUUGGCUCAAGAGAUCUAUCAGCUUUACCUUUCUUUUGGAUUAUUAACUGGUCUAGGCUUUGGAUUAGCAUGUUCACCAUCAAUUGUAGCUGUUGAAAGAUACUUCAUUCAUGGAAGAUUUCAGGCUUUAAGUGUUGUAGUUGCAGGCAUAGGAGCAGGAAUAAUAACAUUUCCUUUACUUAUUCGACAUCUUCUUGUCCACUUUGCAUGGAGAGGAACCAUGUUGAUUCUAGCAGGAAUAGCACUAAAUUUAUGCGUCUGUGGAAUGAUAAUGAAGCCUUUGAAGUCUGAUAAAGAAAUUAAGCUGAUGCCAAUGCUGUCUUGCUUUGCUCUCCGACAUCCAUUGUUUCAUGGAAUGUGCUUUGCAAAUCUUUUUUGGAGUUUUGGAUCCACUGUUAUUUAUAUGUAUUUACCCUCAUAUGCAAUGAGUAGAGGAUCAUCUUUUGAGGCUGCAGUUUUUCUUGUGUCUUGUGUCGGUAUUGCUAGCUUUGCUAGUCGAAUGAUUUUUGCAUUUAUGGGUCCUAACAGUACACUGGAUGAGGUUACAUCUGCUCUUUGUCCUGUGGGCUUGGGUGUGGUCAUUACUGGGAUAUCACCUCUUCUCUUCAAAGAUUACACUGGACAGAUUGGUUACGCUUUGCUUUUUGGGUUCUAUAGUGGCUUUUGGACUACAUUUUUGUCCCAAGUAUCUAGGGAGCUUUUGGGUCCUGAAUACAUAGCCAUGGGUAAUGGUUAUUUGUCAUUUAUGAUUGCCUUGGGUGCUUUAACUGGUGGACCGCUUACAGGCCUGCUGCUCCAACAUGAAAAUGAUUUCAAAUAUGCAUUUUAUCUUGCUGGGGCCUGCUUGCUGUGGAGUUCCAUUGUGAUGGUGCUGUUUAAACUCAAGCGCUGUGCAGCUAGACUUGAUUCUGCCAUGUAUAGUGGAGAGGAUUCAGAUUCUCUAAGGAAAUCAGCAGCAAAAGAGCAGAAAGUUCCAUUGAUUCUUGAUGAAAUUUCUUCAAAAGAAGUGAAACUGACUAUUUCUGGGAAAGACAUUAUUGUGGACAAUGUAAUAACUUGUGUCUGAUCACACGACUGCUGCUCCAACACUGACCAGUGACUGCAGAAACAAGAGAUGGAACUGAAAUUUACUUACAGUAUUAUUCUCAAAGAAUAAAUGACAACUGUGUUUAUUGAUUAUUAAUGGAACUUAAUUAGUGAUUUAUAUUUGACAUCUGUUUUCUAUAUAUAGUCACAAUAUUUAGGCCGUUAAAUUAAAAGUUCAUUGAAGUAAUAAGUAUUGCUUAUUUCCAAAAUUAUUAUUGGUGAUAAUAGUUCUCUAAACUAAAGCCUAACUAUUUUAAAACAUGAAUUGAUUGCAAAUAUAGUUUUAUAUUCAUAUUAUAAAUCAGUUUCACAGAUUUUCUUUUUAAAAGAACCUAAAAAACAAACCAGAGUAUAAAAUGUUUUGCUUUUGGUUCUAUUCUUGAUUGAUGAAAUGUGAGUCAUUGAUAAUUAUUAUAUUGAUCAAAAUUCUUAUUUUUUACAUGUAUGUAUAUUUCCCCUGUGUUCAGAUGAAAAUAAGUUUUGUUCUAAAGAAAGAAAUGAAUUGCUGAAAAUUAAGGAUAUUAUUACUAAUCCUAAUGAACGAUCAGUUAAAAUGAUCAGUGAUAUAGUAACAGGACAUUUUAUACUACAAGAUAUUUUCCUAGACAUUUCUGUCUCAGAGAUUAGAGAAGCUAUACAAAUUUUGAGCUUAGUUUAUACUCUCAGAUUUUAUAAAAAGUACUCAUCUACAUCCAUAAUAUAAGAUUACAAAAAUUAAGUAUUGGCUGAUUCUUUUGAAUAAAAUAAAAGAUAUUAUGAUAAAUAGACUUUUUGCUGUUUGCACAAUAACUUUUCCAAUACACUUGACGCCUUUUGGUAAUACUAUUUUCUUUAUUUUUGUGCUCUAUAAAGUUUAGUUUUUUAUAUGUAAUUAUUGCAAUAACAAAGUAGUGUCACAAUAUAUGAUGUAAAUAUAACUACAUUUUAAAUGUAUAUUUAUUGUACCUAGUCAUUCUACCAUCUCUUACAUGUGUGUGUUCUAAUUAGUUAUUGUACAUUUUUGUAGAACACUUAUUUUGGAGCUUCCAGAUUUUUAUAUAUCAAAUAUCAUAUUGUUUUUUUUACAAGUUUAUAAUAAGUUGUAAAACUUAACAAGCUUUAAAGAAUGAAUCAGUAAACAAAAUCAUGCAAGCAGUUACCUACUUCAAAACAUGAGCUUGUUUCAAAAUUAAAUCUCUUCAUGACCGUAAAAAAAUGUAUUAAAGAUUUCUCCAAGAAAUUAGACAUAACAAGGUAUUGGAAUUUUGCUUGUUAUAAAAUAAUGUAAAUAUUGUAACUUUCAUGUAUUAAAAAAGUUUUCAAUAGAAAGAAACGUUGGUGCCAUAAAUAAUCUUAAUCUUAUACAUAGACUUUAUUGUGCAGUUCAUGUACUAAUACAUUUUACUUUUUGUUGCCUAAUCAUCAUUUUAUCAUUUAAGUUAACUGCUGCUUUUUCAACUGAAAUUUAAUUUCCUUUUAUUAAAAUGAUGCUCAUAU